CGAAAUAUCCUCAAUUUUGAACCGCGACUUGUUGUGUUCUAGGUACCAACUCAGAUAUGGCGACAACUUUAAUUAUAAGCGGAUCGGGCUCGGACUAAUCUCACAGGUCAUAAAGCAUAAGCCUCAUUGCUCCGUCGUUUUGUUGAUGUCGUCAUGACAUAUAUAAAGACUGAUCCGGAGCCCACAUUCGUGGUACGAAACUUUCCUUCCUUCAAGACUACGUGACUGUCACCGCAAUGCCUCUCAACAUCCUCAUAUCUGGCUCCGGCAUCGCGGGUGCUCUCUUCUCGUUUUGGCUCCUCCGUGCCCAUCCCGAUGCCAACAUCACGAUAGUUGAGCGUGACCCUGCGCUGCGGUUGACUGGUGCCAGUGUUGACAUACGAAGCUCAGCCGUCGAUAUCAUUAAAAGGAUGGGUGCGGAGGAGGAGAUACGCAGACAAAGCACUCAGGAAGAGGGCAUGCAGCUGGUAGAUGUAGAUGGCAGAGAGAUAGCAACGUUCAGAGCGACCGGCAGAUCAGAUGUUCAGAGCAUGACAUCCGAAUACGAAAUCUUCCGCGGGGAACUUGCGAAAAUCUUCCUCAACCCAAUCACGGAUCGGGUGAAACUGAUCUUCAACGAGUCCGUCGACCAUUUUGAGCAGCACGAUGACGGAGUGGAUGUCACGUUCACAAAAAGCAAGCAAAUGAAGAAGUACGACCUUCUUGUUGCUGCCGAUGGGCUUGGCUCACGGAUUCGCGGCAAGAUGCUCAACACCAGUCCGCAAGAACAACUCCACGACGAGGGUGUCCAUGUAGCAUAUUUUACCAUUAAGGAAGAUCUACUCCAGGGCGGUCGUCUUGCAAAGGGAUUCAGCGAUGUAGGCGGACGCGCUCUCUACUUACGUCCCGAUCCCGAUCCUGCUGGCCGCACGAGAGCUAUCUUUAUGAAUAUAACCACGAAGGGAGACAUUGAAAUGAAGGAGAGACUCAACAAAACUCUCCGUGAAGGCAAUGAAAGCUACAUGAACCUGAUGGAAGAGCUGUUCCAAGACAUGGGUUGGUUGGCACCAGAGACGCUGAAAGGCAUGAGGCAAAGCGACGACUUCUACUGCUCUCUUUUUGGUCAGAUCAGAUCUCCCAAGUUACAGGACGGCAGAGUAGUCUUGCUUGGGGAUGCCGGCUAUGCCACCCCUGGUUUUGGUACAAGUCUCGCAAUCAUUGGCGGGUAUGUUCUCGCUGGAGAGCUUUUGAAUCAUCCUGGUGACUUCAAAACGGCGUUGAAAGGAUAUGAGGAUAUCUUGCUUCCAUUCGUGAAGCACACUCAGGGUGGGACCAUUGGAGAUUAUGCGAUGCAGCUUCUUAAUCCGCAGACGCAGUGGGGCAUCAAGAUUAGGAACACGAUAUUGUGGUUUGUGACAAGGACGAAGCUGGAUCAGAUGGCCAUGACUGUGGGAGCUAAGCUAGGAUUCACGGAGAAGAAAGUUCCCAUGCCUGAUUAUCCAUGGCCGGCGAAGUCCUAGAUCUCUUCGUGUUCGAGUAUCAACAUGCGCCUCUCCUCUCUUGUAUAGUACCUACAGUAGAAAGCUUUGACGUCUUUGCAAU